GGUGGGAGGGGCCAGGCCUCUGUGGGAGCCUCCGGGAAGAAGAUGCUCGGGCCAGCAGCCACCGCCAGCCCUGCCGCCGCUGCCGCCCGCUCCCACCGCCCCCCGGGUCCCCACUAGCGGCUGCCUCCGCCUCCCACCUCCGGUCCCGCUCCCCGGCCCCCCGCCCCGAGCAGGGUCUGGGGGGCUCGGCCCUCCACCCCGGGGGAGCAAAGAAGGGGGUCCCGACCCCCCCCCAGUGGCGCGGCCAGUCCCUGGCCUUGGUAAUCUUGAGAGAGACCCCACCCCUCAGUUCUCUCCGGGCCCUAUCGGGGACCCCCCUUGCCCUCCCGUCCUGCCCACAUCCGCUCUCCAGGCUCUGUCAGCCCCCCAGAACCAGCUCCCUCCCUCCUUCCCUCUCCAGGGUUCCCCCUCCCCCAUCCCUCCGCCACCGCCGCCGCCGCCGCCGCAGCCGCCGCAGCAGCAGCAGCCGCCGCCCCAGGCCCCCCCCAUGGAGCCCGAGGCCCCGGAUUCCCGCAAGAGGCCCCUCGAAACGCCCCCCGAGGUGGUCUGCACCAAGCGCAGCAACACGGGAGAGGAAGGAGAAUACUUCCUGAAGGUGCUGAUACCCAGCUACGCGGCAGGCUCCAUCAUUGGCAAGGGCGGGCAGACCAUCGUGCAGCUGCAGAAGGAGACAGGAGCCACCAUCAAGCUCUCUAAGUCCAAAGACUUCUAUCCGGGAACCACAGAACGAGUAUGCCUGGUACAGGGCACAGCAGAGGCCUUGAAUGCUGUGCACAGCUUUAUUGCUGAGAAGGUCCGAGAAAUCCCACAAGCAAUGACCAAGCCUGAGGUGGUCAACAUCCUUCAACCCCAAACCACGAUGAACCCUGACAGAGCCAAGCAGGCCAAGCUGAUCGUCCCCAACAGCACCGCGGGCCUCAUCAUCGGCAAGGGGGGCGCCACAGUGAAAGCCGUGAUGGAACAGUCGGGCGCCUGGGUGCAGCUGUCGCAGAAGCCAGAGGGCAUCAACCUUCAGGAGCGUGUGGUGACAGUCAGCGGCGAACCCGAGCAGGUGCACAAGGCCGUGAGCGCCAUCGUGCAGAAGGUACAGGAAGACCCCCAGAGCAGCAGCUGCCUCAACAUCAGCUACGCCAACGUGGCUGGCCCCGUGGCCAACUCCAACCCCACCGGCUCACCGUACGCCAGCCCGGCCGAUGUGCUGCCCGCCGCUGCCGCUGCAGCUGCAGCCGGGGCCGCCGGGGGCUUCCUGACGGCAGAGAAGUUGGCAGCUGAGAGUGCCAAGGAGCUGGUGGAGAUUGCGGUGCCUGAGAACCUGGUGGGGGCCAUUCUGGGCAAAGGGGGCAAGACGUUGGUGGAGUACCAGGAGCUGACAGGCGCGCGCAUCCAGAUCUCCAAGAAGGGGGAGUUCCUGCCUGGCACGCGGAACCGGCGGGUCACCAUCACGGGCAGCCCUGCGGCCACGCAAGCCGCUCAAUACCUCAUCAGCCAGCGGGUCACCUACGAGCAGGGAGUGAGGGCCUCAAACCCCCAGAAAGUGGGAUGAGGCCUGUGGUGUGUGCUCCCACCCUUCUCCCGGCCCCUUCUCCUCCUCUUCCUUCUCCUCCCUUCCCCCCCACCCCAACUCCUGACCUCAGCUCGGGUGUAGUCCUGCUCCUCGUGGGAUGGGGCUGGGGUAGGCCUGACUGCACCCCCCCCCCUUCUGGUAGUCAUAGGCAGGAUUGAGCGAUGGCUGGGGAUGGGGCCCAGAAGCUCCCUCCCCAGCUCUGAACUGACCCCUUCUUCCUUCCUCCCUACGCUUGACUGGACCGGACCCUCCUCCCAGGGCCCGGGUCUGUGUGAUAUUUGUAUAUAUUGCAUUUUGUUGAUUUUAAUAGAAAACAAAGCGUUAUUUUCUCUUUCUUUCCCUCCUUUUUUUUUUCUUUUUCCUUUUUUCUUUUCUUUUUUUCCUUUUUUUUUUUCCUUUUUCUUUUCUUAUUUACUUUCUUUUUUUUUUUUGGUAAGGAUUUUUCCCCCUUUGUAAGUUUUUGUUUCCAUAUGGGAGGAGGGGAGGGAGCCUCUGGGCCACCUAGAAUGAGGGGCCUCCCCCAAACAACACCCCACCUCUCCUGCUUUCAGUUCCAGAUCUGAGAGAAGGGAUGGGAGUAGAGGUAGCAGAGGGGUCUGCGUUGAAAUGGGGUAUUUGGAGCAGGGACCCCAGAGUUCCCAGAUUUUCUCAGCGACUCUACCCCUCCUUGGAGUUGCCCCUCCUAGGUGGGACUGUUCACUGUUUAGUUGUCAGGUCGUAUAGGGGGAGGGGGUGCAGUGCUGCUGGGAAUGAGGCCAGCUCUGGGAUUGGUCCAGUCCUAUGCGCAAGACUCUUGUGAGAGGCUUCGACAACUUCCCGUGGCAUCUUCUAUGGUUUUACCUAGAGUAAUGGGAGUGAAGUUCCCUGUCAGGAUGUCACUGAGUUAAGUACUUUCUGGGGUGCCGCUGACACUCCUUAUGAUGUCACGGGAAGUAGCUCCCCAGAGGUCACUUCCUGUGAUGACAGGACAGAUAGGUACUUCCUAUGAUGUCUCAAUGGGCCUUCCUCGAAAGUUACUUCAGCGACAUCGUGGGGGCAUGUACUUCCUGUGGUAUCUCCGGGUUAUUUCCUGUGACGUCAUUGGGAUGGAGCAUGCACUUCCUGAAUUGGGCCAUGGCCAGUCACUGACACUCCUUCUCCACCUGCACCCCUCUUUGGUGGGUCCUGGCCUGGGGGUCUGCCUAGAAGGAGAAUAAGGGGUGGGACUUGGAUCAUAUCUGGAGGGCUCGAAGGAAAAAGACCCAGUAUUGUCAGGGUCAUCUCUAUCCAAAUACACCAAGUCUGUGAACUCACCUGGCAGGGAUGGGUGGGAGGUGGAGCUAGUGAAAACUGUUAAAGACCCCAUUCCCACCCCCGCCUUUUGUGUGCAUGCUUGUGUCUGCGUGGCUUUGUUCCAUUGAGUCUGGUGAGCCAAACGUGUGGUGGCUCUGUCAGGCCAUCAUGACCCAGUGUCGAGUUCAGUGAGCCACGGUAGAGUCCCUUGAGCCCGAAUGCUUCGUGUGGUCUAAUAGAUUAGAUUGGCUUGUGGUUUUCAGCAAGCUGGAGUACUUUGGUAGUAUUGGAGGGAUCAGAAUGCUUUGGUGCUCUCGCCAUGGACUCUGAGGAGCUAGAAUGUUCUGAUGGAGUCUGCCAAGCCAGGCAGCCCUGAGAGUUGGUUUGGGAGUGGCUCCCUGAGCACUGCGACUGUGGUCAGCUCUAAGGCUUUGUUGGUAGGCUGAGAUUUCAGGGCCUGACAACCCUAUGGACUUAGGAUAGCUGAGACCCACCUCUACCCUCAUCCAUCUCCCCUCCCCCUUGGAGACCACCUCCACUUCCUCCAACCCAAAGCAGGGCCUCCAGGUGCCCUGGUUCCAUCAUCAGCAUCUCUGGGGGAGGGGCACCCCAUGCCUACCCUCUCCCCCAUUUGUCCCCCUCCUAGGUCUUCCAGACCCUUCUCUACUCCAUGGCUUUGGGGGAAUUAGGCCUCCUUGUCUCUCUCCCACAAAGGGAGAGAAGAAAAGCCAGAGACAAUUCCCACCCCCAAAGCCUGGGAGACCCCUGCCCCUCGCUAGAGAGCCACCCCUAAAUUAAAAUGUGAAAAUCCCUAGAAAGCAAUAGCCUUCAAGGUACCUUGCACUGAAUUUCCCACCCCGGCCCUUCCACCUGAUGGGAGGCUGUAGCUUGGGCACUAGGGUGACUUUUUCCAUGCCCUUUUCAUCUCCAGGGUGGGGGGCAGGCCCCAUUUCCCCAUCCCCCAUCUCCCAUCGCUGCUGCCCCCACCCCUAAUCUCCAGACUGAACCCAGAUGGAGAUUCGAGUGCCAAAACAAUUCUUGAUGUAACUUUGUACAUAUCUUCUGCGGGGGGGGGGGGGGGCGCCUCUUGGAGUUAGAGGUGGAGGUGGCCCUGUGGGCCACUGCUCCCCUCUGCCUCUCAGAAGACCCUAUGGUAUUUCACAGUAUCUCCACCCACAGUGGGCAUUGUAGUGUCUAGCUGGAAUUUCCCCCCUACAGCCCCCCAGGCCCCCAUGAGGAGGGGAAGGAGCCAGGGAGAGGUAAAACACGGUCUGGGAGUGGGGAGGUGGGAUUUGAAAGCACUCAUUUGCAUAUCAUUUGCAUCCUCAGCUGCCCUGGUUUGUCAGAUGCUUUCUAUAGCCCCUUUCAUGGGAGUCUGGGUCCCCAUCAGCGGGACCCAGUACUCCUCUCACACAGACACGUCUCUGGAGGCUGGGCCUCCCGAAAAGUGUUCCCUUGGGGUAUCUGUGUGACAACCCCCUCCCUAUUCAAAUUUUCGGGGACCCCCUACCCCACCAGCCAGGGCUAUCUGAAAGGUAGUUUGCUAGCUCAGUGAGCUAGUUCACUCACCAGGCUGGUGAGUGGAGAGCCACAUACCUUUCCCCGUUUUUACCCUAGGAAACCCACUCUACCAUCUUCCCCAUCCCGUGAAAGUCUCUUCUGCAUUCUGACCUCAAUCUUUUGUGCUGCAGUAUGUCCAGAGGGGACACAGAUGUGGGGUCAGGGAUGGGGAUCAUUGAAAAACCCACCGCCUCUUUUCCUCCUCUUCCCUGUUAGCCAGUCAGAUCUCAGAGACUCUGAGUGGCCUCCUUGCACCCUGCUCUUCAGCACCCAGUAGGUGCUUAAUAAGUGUUUGCUGCAUUGAAUUGUCUCCCCGUUCUUUCCCAUUUGCCCUCCAGCUCCCAACAUCUUCCUCCAGAGUCUCCCUCUCUCUCUCUUUCUCUUUUUCUUUCUCGGGCUCCCUAUGGCUUUCUACUUUCUCUCUUGUGGCUCCCAUUGUUACCUGUCCUGUCUCUAUCUUUGUCUGUCUUUUCCCCUCUUCUCACCCCCCUUAACUCUCUCUCCUCCCCCACCUUCCCAUUGAUUAAAAAAAGUGCCAAACUUCCUUGGAACUGAGCCGCUCUGCGGGGGAGGGAACCUCAGAUAGAGGGGAGGAAAUGGGACCACCUCUCUCUGGGGAGGCCCCUAAGAGGCAUUGAAAAAGUCUGUGGACACUUAGCUAAAAUGGGUCCCCCUUCCUCACCCCUCCCACCCUGAGUUUUUCUUAGAAUCUUUGUAAGAAAAAAAAAAAAGACAGAAAAAAACUCCCCUUCAGCUAAUCCCUAACCUUUGGAUCCCCCAUUUCCACCAGCCGGGGAGAACCCCACUUGCCUCCUUCGGGCAAAUCUGUAGAAAUUGGGGAGGGGGGAAACAAGUUCGACCCCUCUUCUCCUGGCCCCAGGGACGGUGCCACCUGGAUUCCAGAGAAGGACCUCAAAGCACUUAUGAGAAGAAGGGAUUCAAUGUGCCAAAUUCACCUCCUUCAUCCCCCGUCUUGGGGGCUCUGAGCCAACCUGCCCCAGCCACCUUCUGCCCUGUCCCAACCAUCUCUCCAUGGGCAAGGAGUCUUCACUGCAAUAAUUAUUAGGGGAUCAGAAGGUGAAGAUCGUGCCAUCUUUAUCUGCCCUAAUGCCUGCCCUGGACUUGUAGGUGGAGAUUAUUAUGGGUACCCCAAGCGGAGUUUGGUAAGAGUCGACUUAUAGACGGUUGGGGACCUAUACUUGGAAGAAUAUGGUACCACUUUUCUCUGAGUGGUAUUUCUUCUCCCCCUUCUUAACCCCCAAGUCCUUGAUAUCCCCUUUCUGUUUCUCUUGCCUUUUCCUCCAUCCCACGCCCUCCUUAUUUUGUUUCUGAUUGGUGGCCUACUGUUUGGAAAGUGAGAGGAUCCCCCUGCAUUGAUUAUUGCUGUUGCAAGACGAGGAUGUGAGGUCGUGAUGCGCUGAGCGGUGGAAGAAGUAAGGACUAAGAGUGGCGACGAGGGUGGCAAUUUGGGCGUCCAGGCUGCUGACUGGGUGCACACCUCUCGCGACAGCCAGGCAGGCCUUCGCGCUGUUUGCCACGCACCUGCCCCGCCGACUUGGAACUCCGAGGCCGGCUGUCGCGAAAGCCUGAACCGGAUGUCACGACGGGGAGAACGGGAUCGCGAUGCCCAAGUUGGGGCCCUGAGGGCCGGGGACACAAGUUUACGGCUCUCGUGGAGUCGCGACACCCAGCCCUGCUAUCCGAUCCCUCCCCACUGCAGUCAGCUGUCUGGACGCCGUGGUGGAGGGGCUUGUCUCCGUGGCGCCGCUGCAGGUGUGUGUAAGGUCCGUCUCAGUGCCCUCUGCCAGUCGCGUUGGGGAUUGCUGGGUGGCAGGGAGGGAGAUGGGGAACGCCUGGAGGGGUUGGGGGGGCUGCUAGUUUUUAACCCCUUCUCAGCCAGUCCAGGACACUCUUGUCUCCCAGAGAUAUUUGGGGGGACCGCCUAAUCCCCCUCCCCCACACCUUUCCUCCUCCCUACCCGCCCCCCCCAAAACCACCAACCUCUCAUCUUCUAAGUGACUCCAUCACCACCGGCCACCGGGACCUGCGGCCUCAUUGCUCCAGCCCGCCCCACUCGACCGUCAGACUCGCUCAUCGAACUCUUUUUGAUUAACCCUUUCUGUGUUCAUCCCACGGAAAACUGUGUGUCCGGCGAGGGGGAGGGGAGAGGCGAGGGGCAGUAGCUACCUUUCCUCCAUCUCCUCCCACUGCCCAUGCCUCCCCACCCGCACCCCAUCCCAUGCCCUACCCCACCCCUCACCUCUAGGGUCCUCCCCGCCCUGGGGAGAGUGACCUUUAUAAAUAUCUCAGCUGUUUGGCUUUGUCCCUUUCAAAGGCGGGGCCAGGGCCGUGGCCUCCUGGCAGUGGAGGGCUCGCUCUGGCCCCACUCCUUUCUGUGCCCCCCCCCACUCCCCACCCCUUCAUUGUAAAUAGUCACUUUUGUACUGGGUUUGAGCCAGGGGACGUGGGGAGUCAUUUUUUUUUCUUUGUGUUGGCAUCUCAGGCCACUGGAGGCAUGGCCCACAUCCCGGUUACAUUUGGGAGAAUCCCAAGGUGUGUCCUCUCCCCUGCCCCCAGUGCUAAGGAUUUCAAGACAUCAGUAUUACUCCUAGAGGGACGCGGUGCGCAGAUCCCCUUGGAGGGAGGUGGGAGAGAGGCAUGGAAAGGAGUAGUCUGACAAGGAAUGGCUCAGUUGUCCCCAUCUACGAAAUGGGUUCACCCUCCGGGUUCCCUGAGGAGCCUCAAUGAGAUCAUGGUGGAGUUAGAAUCUCUCUUCCCCCUUUCUCUGUUUGGGACAGACAGGGUAGGAGAGUGGGGGUGAGGGGGUGACUAUCUUUGGACAACUGACUGCUAAAUCCUUAUUGGGACCUUAAGCUUGCCUCUCCCCAGGCUUGUUCUCUCUCUUGGAAAUGGGAAGCUUGGAGGACCCAUAAGGUCCCUUGGGUGUCCCCAGUCCUUAGAUUAACGGCCCAAGCCCAGAGCUGGCCCGCUGACUGCUGUCCCACCCCUACAUUCCAUUUCUUGGGCCCAGACCAUCCGCCAUGUGGCCAUGCCUCCCGUGCCUCCAUUCAACCCCCUCUAACUGAUUCCUUCCAUCCUCUGCGACCAGAGACGCCGCCCACCCCCACCCCACCCCCCCCUCCCUCGGCGACUUCACCUUU